UAUAUGCAUGCUGCAGGGAAUACAGGAGCACAGAGGCACCAUGGUGAUCAAGCAGAGUCUGCUACUGAUGGUGGUUUUGAUCAUACCCUCUGUGGAGAAUUUAUUCUUUAGGAAUCCUCUGUACAAUGUCACUCUUGACCAGCUUCUAGGAAAAUGGUACAUAACUCGCUGGGCAGGAAACCUGCCUAUUCCUGCAAAGAAGAAGUUUACCCCACUGCCUCCUUUUGUUUUUGUCAAAAAUGUUAUUGGCAAGUUGGAGUUUAGGAUGAACAUCUCAAAACCCAUUGGCUGUGUUCAGUUCAAGAUAUACAUGGAUGAAGAUAAACAUGAUUCUAAUGUCUUCUACAUCUGGCCUUCCUUCACAAUUGUCUUUGGAUUCAUUGGUGGGACCGACUUCGCUAUUGCUGCCCAUGUAGGCAGAUUCAAUGUAGAAAUGGAAAAGGUGACCAUGCUCAUGGGUCGAAAUAUGGCACCAAGGCCAACAGUGCUAUUGGAUUUUGAAGAUUUUGUAGAAAGCUUAAUACUGAACAAAACAGACAUCAUCAACCCUGGAUGUGAUGAUUCCUGUGAGUUGUCUAGACAAACAUAAUGCACGGAGGAAGUACCACAGAGUCUGUACAGGAACUGUGUUCUUCGACCCCUUCACUCAUCUCCUGUUUCUGUAGAUAGAAUGCCAGCUGUCAAGAGAAGACACACCCAAAUUCACAUUCCUCUCCCCCCAAAGCCUCAGCUUUCAGUAAAGAUGGUAAAUAUUCCUUGUUUUGUGUUUAACAU